AUGGCCUCAGCGGCUCCUGUACAGGGAAUCCAAGAGGAAACCAAGUGUCCCAUCUGCCUGGAGUAUCUAACGGACCCCGUGACCAUGGACUGUGGGCACAACUUCUGCCAGGGCUGCAUCAGUAACUACCGUGACAAAUGGGAAGAAUAUGGCCCCUUGGAGUGUCCCGUCUGCAGACACCGGAUCCGGAAAGGGAACCUCCGGCACAACUGGCAGCUGGGGAAUAUAGUAGGGAAAAUUAGACAACUGGAAUUAAAUCCUAGCAAAGAGAAUCUGUGUGAGACACACCAGGAGAAACUCGACCUGUUCUGCGAGGAGGACGGGGAAGCCGUGUGUGUGGCUUGUUGGAGAUCCCCCCAGCAUAGAUCUCACAGAGUGCUGGUCAUGGAGGAGGCUGCUCAGAAAUACAAGGAUCAAAUUCAGCUCCAUUUGCAGAGCUUGAUGAAAGAGAGAGAUGAGAUCCCGGCCGUUAAACUGAGCGAGGAAAAGAGACUCCUGGAACUGCUGGAGAAAAUGGAAGACGAGAGGCAGAAGAUUGUAUCUGUAUUCAAGCAGCUGCGCCAGUUUCUGGAGGACCAAGAGCAACUCCUGCUGGCCCAGUUGGAAAAGUUGGACAAGGCGAUUAGGAAGAGCCAGGAUGAAAACGCCACCAGCAUGUCUAAGGAGAUACCCCGUCUCAGCGAGCUGAUUGAUGAGAUGGAGGAGACGUGCCAGCAGCCGGCCAGCAAAUUCCUGCAGGACAUCAGAAGCACCUUGAGCAGGUGUGAGAAGGGGAAGUUCCAGCAGCCAGUGGAGAUGUCUUCGGAGCUGGAAAAGAGACUCGGAGAGUUGUCUCAGAAUAAUAGUGCUCUAACGGAGACUCUGAAGAAGUUCAAAGACACUCUGCCGUCUGAACUGGAGAAAAGAAGAAGGGAAUCCCUAGGAUUGCACAGACAGGUGAAUGUGACUCUGGAUCCAGACACGGCUCAUCCCGAACUCAUCGUGUCAGAGGAUUGGAAAAGUGCAAGAUGGGGAUUCACAGAGGAGGAUCUACCCGACAAUCCGGAGCGAUUUGACAUUUUGCCCUGUGUGCUGGGCUGUGAGGGAUUCACCUCAGGGAGACAUUGCUGGGAGGUGGAGGUGGGGGGUGGGCGAUUCUGGGCCGUGGGGGUGGCCAGAGAGUCUGUGAGGAGGAAGGGAUGGAUCAGCCGUAGCCCUGAGGGGGGGAUCUGGGCUGUGGAGCGGUGUGGAGAUCAAUACCAGGCUCUCACCUCCCCUGAGACCCCCCUGCCCCUGAGCCAGGCCCCCAGCAGGAUCCGGGUUUCUCUGGACUGUGAACGGGGGCAGGUGACAUUUUUCGAUGCUGAGAACCAGGGCCCGAUCUUCACUUUCCCGCCCGCCUCUUUCACUGGGGAGAGAAGCCUACCCUGGCUCCAGGUGGGGAGAUCCCGGCUCAGACUGUGGCCCUAA